AUGCAGAACAGAACCUGUCUAGUUCUCUGUGCCUUUGCCCUCCUGACGGGCUUCCUGAUGAUCUGCCUGGGGGCCUUCUUCAUUUCCUCAGCCUCCCUGUUCAACUGCCAGGGGAACUUGACCCUGGCCUACUUGCUUCUGCCUCUGGGGUUUGUGAUCCUUCUGAGUGGAAUUUUCUGGAGCACCUACCACCAGGCCAGUGAAAGCAAAGGGGUUUUCAACCGUGUGCUUGGACAGUACCAUGCUCAGGGGGCCCUGCCCCUGGCCACAGUGGACAGACCAGGUUUUUACCCUCCAGCUUACGAAGAGAGUCUUGCUGCUGACAAGCGAGCCUGUCACACAGAGCAAGAGACCUCGGGUGCUCCUCCACCUCCGUACACUGAGAUGGGCGUUGAAUUUCAGGAUGAAGAUGGGGCCCACCCAGAGGCCCCACCACCCUAUGACGAGUCUGUGGCAGACGGGGUGGCGGCAGCAAGGCCGUGGCAGGAUGCUCAGAGGCGAAGCCAAGAGUGCUGAAGCAGGGCAAGUGCGCCAGCCCUCACGACGUACCCUCACGGGAGGCAGCUGCUAAUAAUAAACACAGGCAGGGACUGUGGGAGGAGAAGCCACAUCAUUGACCCACACGAGAGCUCGCAGUGGGACCAUGCGAGGCCAAUGCGAUUCCGCGUAUGUGCUUGGCCUGCAAGGGCAGGGUGGGGCACCAGGCAAGCAUUUCGAAGGGUUCGCAGCCACCCUAACCCAGGGAAGCUUUUGGACUGCAAAGGUUUUAUUGUGAGAGCUCUGCUCCACAGAGAGCCUUUCUGCUCUUCUCCAACA